GUGACCACUGAAGAAGACAGUCUAGUUGUAGCCAAAAGCUUCCCUGUUUGUGAUGAUCGGCACUCGGAGAUCAUCCCUUGCUUAGACAGGAACUUCAUCUACCAGAUGAGGUUGAAGCUGGAUCUGUCUCUUAUGGAACAUUACGAACGUCAUUGUCCUCCUCCCGAAAGAAAGUUCAACUGUUUGAUUCCUCCUCCAUCUGGCUACAAGGUCCCUAUCAAGUGGCCUAAGAGCAGAGAUGAAGUGUGGCAAGCAAACAUACCUCACACUCACCUCGCUAAAGAGAAGUCUGAUCAGAACUGGAUGGUUGUCAAAGGAGAUAAAAUCAAUUUUCCAGGUGGUGGCACUCAUUUCCAUUAUGGAGCUGAUAAGUACAUUGCAUCCAUUGCAAAUAUGCUUAACUUCUCCAACGAUGUAUUAAACGACGAAGGGAGGUUAAGAACGGUUCUUGACGUUGGAUGCGGAGUCGCCAGUUUCGGAGCUUACCUCCUCUCCUCUGAUAUAAUCGCAAUGUCCCUAGCUCCCAACGACGUUCACCAGAACCAAAUCCAGUUUGCGUUAGAGAGAGGCAUCCCUGCUUACCUCGGCGUCUUAGGCACCAAGAGGCUUCCAUACCCGAGCAGAUCGUUCGAGCUAGCUCACUGCUCUCGGUGCAGGAUCGACUGGCUUCAGAGAGACGGCAUCCUUCUCCUCGAGCUCGACCGUGUGCUGAGACCUGGAGGCUACUUCGCUUAUUCUUCCCCUGAGGCUUACGCGCAAGACGAAGAGGAUUUGAGGAUUUGGAAGGAGAUGAGCGCUCUUGUUGAGAGAAUGUGCUGGAUAAUCGCUGCUAAGAGAAACCAAACUGUUGUUUGGCAGAAACCGUUGAGUAAUGACUGUUACUUGGAGAGAGAGCCUGGGACGCAGCCUCCUCUUUGUCGCUCGGAUGCUGAUCCUGAUGCGGUCUAUGGUGUGUCGAUGGAGGCUUGCAUCACUCCUUACUCCAAGCACGACCAUAAGACCAAGGGAAGUGGUUUAGCUCCAUGGCCAGCUAGGAUGACUUCUCCUCCUCCCCGUCUGGCGGACUUUGGUUAUUCAACCCAUACGUUUGAGAAAGACACGGAACUUUGGAAACAGCAAGUGGACAGUUACUGGAACCUAAUGUCGUCAAAAGUUAAAGCAAACACAGUGAGGAACAUAAUGGACAUGAAAGCACACAUGGGUUCUUUCGCAGCUGCUCUCAAAGACAAAGACGUGUGGGUUAUGAACGUUGUCUCUCCCGACGGUCCCAACACUCUUAAACUCAUCUACGACCGCGGUUUAAUCGGAACUAAUCAUAACUGGUGUGAGGCUUUCUCUACAUACCCGAGAACAUACGAUCUCUUGCACGCGUGGACUGUUUUCUCAGACAUUAAAAGCAAAGGAUGCAGCGCAGAGGAUCUGUUGAUUGAGAUGGAUAGGAUUCUUAGACCCACGGGGUUUGUCAUCAUCAGAGAUAAGGAGAGCGUUGUUGAAUCGAUCAAGAAGUAUAUGAAAGCUUUGCAUUGGGAGGUUGUGGCGUCGGAGAAAGUAACCGCAGGUUCGGAGCUUGACCAGGAGAGCGAAGAUGGUGAGAGCAAUGUCGUUUUUAUCGUCCAGAAGAAACUGUGGCUCACCAGUGAAAGCCUUAGGGACACUGAGUAAUCACAAAAUCAGAAGUGAAGAGGAAAUAAAAAAGAAAGAAAUUGUUUUAUUCCCACAUGUUUUUAUGUAGUUUUUAUUUCGAUUUGUAACACAUAAGCAAUAUUAUAUAAUUAAUUAUUGAAAUUAAUCAUUACUUUAUUGUUUCAAAAUGAUUAAUAUUUUUAACAGCA